ACUGUUUUCACAUUGUUGUAAAUACACAUUAUUAUACAUAAAACUUUUGAAAGUAUUGAAUCUAUAUAUAAUAUACCUCUUGAACAAGAAAUUCUAUGAAUACGAUGAAAAUACAGGCUGCAAUGUGUCAAAACCAAGAUAUAGGAAGCCUCCUGCAUUGGAUUGCCAGUUAAGAUCAGAAACAACCACCAAAACCAUUCCUAUAUAAACCACAACUCUUCAGAAGAUAAAAACCAUCUCAACAAACCAACAGAGUCUAUUUGAGAUGGCGAAAACAGGGCUGUUUUCACUUCUCUAUCCUUUGUUACUUGCAGCCCUUGUGCUCAACUGCCACUGCCUAGAAAGAAAGGUAAGUAACUCCAAAUUUUACGAAUCUCUCUCCCUCUCGAUCUCAAUCUCAAUCUCAAUCUCGAUCGGAACCUAAGUGUUCUCUAUGCAGCUUCAUGUUGUCUACAUGGGAGAUAAACCUCAAGAAGGACUAUCAGUUGCUUCCAAGCAUCAUGGGAUGUUGCAUAGAGUACUUGGAAGGUUUGCUUCCAAACAUAAACAUGAAUAAUAAUUUUAUUGAAUCAAGAUUAUAGCUUCAUCUACCUUACUACUAGUACUUAGAUAUAUGAGAACUGAUCCUUGUUUGAAAUAUGGUUCAGUGCUUCGGCAGCCAAAGACUCCCUAGUCCAUAGCUAUGGAAGAAGUUUCAAUGGAUUUGCAGCAAAGCUCACUGCUGAGGAAGCUGCUAGAAUUUCAGGUGAGAUAAAUUUAUCUUGAAGCUACAAAACAACCAAAGAUAUUCAUUCAGACAGUAUAGGUUUUAAGUCAAUAGAUUCGUGCAGAAAUGGAAGGAGUGGUUUCAGUCAAUCCAAGCCGCAAGCACAAGCUUCACACUACGAGAUCUUGGGAUUUCUUGAAUCUCACCACAGACAAGCUCGGAGCAGCACCUGAAUCAGAUGUUGUCAUCGGCCUCCUCGACACUGGUAACUAACUUCACUGGUUGUUUCUAUUUCCUAUGAUAUACAAUUUUAUGUUAUUACAUCCUCUGAAUGGUGUCUUCUGUAGGAGUCUGGCCGGAGCAUCCGAGUUUCAACGAUUCCGGUUUCACUUCUCCACCAACUAAAUGGAAGGGAGCAUGCACAGGAGCGAAUUUCACUUGCAAUAAGUAAACAUUCUCUUCUUUAUCUAACAAUACAUAAGAUUGAUUGGCUGAUUCAAAAUUCUCUUGCCAUUCUGAGUGCAGUAAGAUCAUCGGAGCAAGAUUCUAUCACAGUGGCGACGAUUACUAUGAAGGAGAAGUCCCUUCACCAAGAGACACAGAAGGACAUGGAACACACACUGCAUCAACUGCUGCAGGGGUUGAGGUCGAUGCAAGCUACUUUGGUGUGGCAGCCGGGAAGGCACGAGGAGGUGUCCCGAAUUCACGGAUUGCAGUGUACAAAGUCUGCUGGAUGGAUGGGUGCGGUGAUGCAGACAUCCUUAAAGCCUUUGAUGAUGCAAUCGCAGAUGGAGUGGAUGUCAUCUCUGUUUCGUUGGGAGCAGGCUGGCCUCUCGAUUAUUUUGAUGACUGUAUCGCCAUUGGAUCCUUCCACGCCAUGAAGAAUGGAAUUCUCACAUCAAACUCCGCUGGAAAUUCUGGUCCUUUCCCUGUGUCAGUUUCGAACUAUUCUCCAUGGAGUCUCACAGUUGCUGCCAGCACCAUUGACAGAAAAUUAGUUGCCAGAAUGCAACUCGGAAAUGGCCAAAUCUUUACUGGAAUCAACAUCAAUACGUUUGAGCUCAAUGGGACUACUUACCCUCUGAUAUGGGGAGGAGAUGCUGCCAACUACACUGUCGGUGCCAAUCCAGAAAUUGCCGGCUGGUGCCUAACUGGAGCCAUGAAUGCUGAUAUAGUGUCUGGUAAAAUUGUGUACUGUGACACAAUCUGGGAUGGUUCUGGUGUUCUUCUAGCUAAUGGUGUUGGAAACAUCAUGUCUGAUGUAAACGUUGAAAACCUCGACGUUGCCUUCAGCUGGCCUCUGCCAACUGCACUCGUCAGCCCCUCAGAAGGGAAGAGUGUUCUUGAAUACAUCAGAAGCACAGAGAAUCCCAUUGCAACCAUUUUCUUCACUGAGGCAUGGAAAGACGCCAUGGCUCCCGAUGUUGUUUCGUUUUCUUCCAGAGGGCCGAGCCCCAUCUCUCCAGACAUUCUCAAGCCUGACAUCACAGCACCUGGUGUCGACAUUCUGGCUGGAUGGUCUCCUCUGUCACCAUCCUCAAUCUACUAUGGCGACACGAGAAGCACACUCUUCAACAUCAUUUCUGGCACAUCCAUGUCUUGCCCUCAUGCCAGUGGUGCUGCUGCCUACGUCAAAGCUGCUCACCCCAAAUGGUCGCCGGCUGCCAUUAAAUCAGCCCUCAUGACUACAGCUUAUGUCAUGGACCCGUCUAAAAGUGAGGAUCUUGAAUUCGCUUAUGGUUCGGGCCAGAUCAACCCAGCUGCUGCAGUCGAUCCUGGACUUGUAUUCGAUGCAUCAGAAGCAGACUACGUUAACUUCCUCUGCAAACAGGGAUACAACAGUUCCACUCUGAGGCUAGUGACAGGAGAUAACAGCACCUGCAACGGUAUAAAACCCGGAAGAGCAUGGGAUCUCAACUACCCCUCAUUUUCACUGUAUGUCGAAGAUGGCCAGCCGAUUGAUGCCACCUUCACCAGAAAAGUGACUAACGUUGGAGCAGCAAACUCAACCUACGUUGUUUUCACCAACCCAGGAGGAAUCUUUGGCGCUCCAGGGCCAUCACUAUUCAACGUUACAGUUGAGCCCACCACCCUAAAAUUCUCAGCAGUUGGAGAAACCCAAACUUUCACUGUUAAUGUGACUGGACCAGCCAUAUCACAGCAGCCAAUCACCUCAACUGCGAUCUAUUUGGCGGAAGCAAGCGGAACGCAUAUUGUCAGGGCCCCCCUCGCAGUCUACAACUAUAUCCCGGGUGCUCCUUACAAUCUUGAUGAUAGUUCGGUAUCUGCACGUUCUUCUGUGUACCAGAAAGUUGGGCGCGUCGCACAUCGCACACCACUCCCAUAGUUCUCUCAAGAAACCAUGGCAAUGAGAGGGCAGCACUAAGAUUAAGCUGCACAUUUUCUAAUUAAAUGCAUCAAUAAUGAUCUGUUGUUACCUGGCUGUGAGCCCUUGAAUGUAGCCAAACUGCACUCAAGGCCACCAGGGUGUUAGUUAGUGUUUUCAUCUUAUGGCUACAAUGUUUUUUUUUGUGUCAUGCAGUUACAAAUAUAGGAGUACUGUAUUAAAUAAGGCUGUUGCCAAAAUUCAAGAAACACAUGAAUUACUCUCUUCCCUGUCUGUUUGCACAUCCAAGCAUAAAUCCAUGCAUUAUUUGAAUAUUAUACAAUGAAUAAAUUCUACUCUUGAAACAGAGUAUCUGUUCAGUCAAUAGAUGUUUUAU